UCACUGUCAGUUAAUUAUUACCGCGCGGUUCCGCGGUUGCCCUUUUUCUUGUUCUUCAUUUUAGAUUCCUUGUGGUCUACCGUUGAAAAUUGGCGUAAUAUUUGUUAAAUUAACUGACGCCCACAGUUCCUGGAGUUAUUAUAACUAGUCAUUAUUAUUAAUCAGUGCUAAAUAAAUACCGACAAAAUGUUUUGGGGACUAAUAAUGGAACCUAACAAGCGGUACACCCAAGUGGUGGAGAAGCCGUUCCACAUCUCCCAGGCUGCGCUGGACAUCUCCACCGGAGACAAUGAGGCCUGCCAGGUCAUGGUGGUUGUGGAGUCCAAGAACUUCCUCGUGGCCACUCUGCAGAAGACCAAGCAGAUCCAGGUUCCCCUCGACCUGUACUUCAAGGCAGGAGACGCUAUUUCAUUCUUGACAAAUGGUAAUGGUAAGAGCAAUGUCCACUUAACGGGAUACUUGGACCCUGAGUUUGAGGACAUGUCUGGUGACGAGGAGGAGGAGGAAGAAGAUGAGGAGGAGGCCCCGGAGCUGGUCCCCGUCAACACCAAGAACAAGAGGAAACUGGAGACCAGCAAUGAUGCUGCGGCUAAGAAGCCCAAGCAAGACAAAAAGGCAGCUAAGAAGGCACCAGCGGCUGAUGACAGCGACGCCUCCGACGAUGAUGAUGAUGACCAGCUGGCCAAGUUCCUGGACGGAGAGGAUGUGGACACUGACGAGAAUGAUGAGUCUUUCAAAGUGAACACCUCAGCCGAUGACAGUGAUGAGGAAGAUUCUGAUGAAGAAGAGGAAGACGAUGAUGACUCUGAUGAGGAGGCUCCACAGCAGAAUGGUGAUGCCGAGUCAUCAGACGAGGCCGAGGCUGAGACUACAGUGGACAGCACGCUGGAGACAGACAUUGACACAUCCAAGCUCAGUAAGAGCGCAAAACGACGACUGAAGAAGAAGCUCGCACAAGAGAAGGCGGCGGGAGCCCAAGUCAAUGGCAAAGCUAAGAAGGCCGAUGAAAAGCCACCUCAGCAAAAGGCAGAGAAGAAGGAACAGCAACAGAAAGCCAAAAAGGAAAUAGAACCCGCGGAGAAGAAGGAGAAGAAAGCACUCAGCGGCGGCGUCGCCAUUGAAGACUUGAAAGUUGGAAACGGUCCAGUAGCAAAGCCCGGCAAAGUUGUACAGGUAUACUACGAGGGUCGCCUAAAGUCGAAUAACAAGAUGUUCGACAACUGCCUGAAGGGGCCCGGGUUCAAGUUCCGGCUGGGGUCCAAGGAGGUGAUCUCUGGGUGGGACAUCGGCGUCGCUGGCAUGAAAGUGGGAGGCAAGAGGAAAAUCGUGUGCCCACCCGCCAUGGCAUAUGGUGCUAAAGGCUCCCCACCAGUGAUCCCCCCCAACUCGACGCUAGUCUUCGAAGUGGAACUGAAGAACGUGAAGUAAGAAGCUGAUAGCCAUUGUUGAGUAUGCAUUAUUGGAAUGAUGUGUUGUUGAAAGUUUUGUAUGGAUUAAUUUCUUAAUUCGUAAGCGGGAAAUAUGAUGCAGCAGCAUGUGAAAUGAAACAACAAGGAUUCUAUUUUUUUACUAGGUUUUAAUCAGGUUCUAGGAGAACUGUAUGUGUAUUUUUUUAUACCUAUUUGAUUGUAUGUAUACCAUUUCCAUGUUACUAACAAAGCAUUUAAAAAGCUGGUACUUACUGAUAGAUGUGUCUGAAACCGCCUUUUAGAAUAGAAGUUCCAAUAAGUGCUAAGCUGUUUAAUUUUAUUUUUGAUUCUUAUUAUGCAAUUGCAUCAUAUUUUCAGUUGUAUUUGUUAAGAAUACUAGAAUUUAAGAAAAGAUACUGGGUAUAAUUGAUCACAUUUCCGAAUUUUACUUUAAAUAAAUGACACUAGUUUUUUUCAA